GAGAAAUAAAGAUUUGCAAGACCAAAAGUACUUAUGUAUGAUAUUCUUUCUCUUCUUUUAUAUUAUCACAAGGAAUUUACAAACCCACCCAAUUCUUUCCCACUGCUUAAUAUAGACUAACACACCCAAAACCUAAUUACAGGAGAAAGAUGAAUGAAACAUACACACGAGAAUGGAGAGGGUUUCACCUCAAAGAAGCAAACACAUAUGACUUGACUGAGGAGGAGAGAGAGUAAUGCCAGAGACUAAGAUGGGGCUGUGGGGUUGUGUGUACUUCUUUAUGGUGGUAGCAGCAACAAAGACGUCAACAUUUUCAAGAAGGAGAAGCCCUCAAAAUCAUCAGUGGAAGCUAACUGGAUUAAGGAACCCAUACUUAAAUGGUUUUACUCAGCCAGAUAUCAGAGAUGACAGUGACAUUGAAAUCAUGGAAGAAAGAGAAGUAUUUACGGAGAUCUUCAAAUACAGGGUUAGAAACCAAGACAGGUACAAGGGUGAGAGAGGACUAAGAGAGGAAGAAGGCUUAUUUAAUGGAAAACACGAGCAUACUUGUUAUAUAUUUCCAAAACCUAAGGCCCCUGAACUGCACAAUAAGAGGGUAGGAGGUAUAAUGAUCAAACAAAGUAAACCAAUCAAUAUUGGUCAAAGAAGCUAUGCCUUCAACUUUCUAACCCACAGACAAAUGCCCGACACAAUGUUGAUAUCUAAGGAGUUCAAAAUGAGCAACCAUAAUGCAAGGCGAACAUACCGCUUCUCAAAGAACAUUCAGAAGAACAGGCAUCACAAUAUAUUAAACAAGGUGUUCAGACCUUCAAAUAACAUCCCACGAAUGGCAGGUUCUAAGAUAGACAGCUCUCCAAAAAGGAUUCCUGAUCGUUACAGAAUGAUUGCAUCCAAAAAUGCUAGAUCUACAAAGGAUCAUUUAAGAAAGACUAUCCCCUUGUCACACAGAUAUCAUCAGCAAACUGCCAAAGAGGAUAACAUUCUGAACAAGAAGGUGGCAUCGAAAAAACAUGGGCCAGUAAAGCCUCAUUCUUUUUCAGACGCCAAACAAGAGAAAAAGGUGCAAGUUCUAACUGAAGGAAAUGGAGGUGAGAUACCUAGGAGAGUAACACUUACAAACAAAACAUCAAAGAUAAGUAACCCUUUCUAUGGCACUGAGACAAAUAAACAGCUGGCUUUACAUAUGAAAGACAAUAGGGCAAAGCCUCCACUAAAAGAAAUAAGCAGUCAGAAAAACAAGUACCUUAAGAAAGAAUUAGGGGGCAUUUUUAAUGACAGAGGUGGUCAACAGAAAGGUCUUCCUAGUGAGAUCCUCCUGGAGACAGAAGGCAGUGGGCACUUAGAAGUGCGGUCUAAAGGAAAUCAGGAUUUCAGCAGGAUUUUGAAUAUUACUUCUGAGACUGAAAGCUCCACAGUUUCACCAUCACCACUGAUCUCUUUGGUAGAACAGAGACAGGGUACAUCAAGUGUUAUGCAAUUCAUAACCUCGACUCACAAGUCAAUGAUAAUAAACACAAUACCUUUCCCUGCAUUCAGGAAGGAUGAAUCACACUCCAUGCUUACAGGUCCAACAACCAGUAAAGGUCUACCUGAGCAAGUUGCAUCAACUUUCCCAGACUCAUUGAGGCAGGGAGGCAACGAAUGUGACUCUGGGUACAAGAAAUAUGGUGACAGAUGCAAGAGUCUAUGUGAAAUCAAUGGAAUAUACUGUGAAAAUGGAGGGCAGUGUGUGAUCUUGGAGAAUAUCGGGGCAGUGUGCAGAUGCCCUGAGACUGAAUUGUUGUGCUACAGAGAUCACUGCUGCGUCUCCUCACUUACUCCCAUACAGCUGGUCUGUAUCAUUGGCAGCUGCUGUGUUCUGCUAUCUGCAUUACUGGUAUGUGUCCCCGUCCUGAUCCUGAGAACCCAGAUGAAGAUGUUUACUAAAACUGGACUAGAGAACAGCAGGUUCUGGAUACCCACCCUCAUGCCAGCCUCCAGCAUUUCCUUCUCUUCUAUUCCUGAGUCAGUUGAGUCAGAAUUUACUGUGGAUUCAGACUGCGACUCUUUGCCUGACUUUCCCUCAUUUUUCAGCACUAAAAAGGUGACCUCUGACACCAGCCCCUGGACAUCGGAAAGCACUAAACUGUGACAGGUCCUGAAGCACUGCCAGCCUGGAAAGUCCUGUACACAGUGCUGAGUAUAUUGGGCCAUUACCAAAGACAUCAGCGAAGGCGAAUGAAUAUUAGGAAGGGGACUCUAGCAUGCAUGCUCUCAAAACUAAAGGCCACAUAUAGACUACAGGGGACUACUCCCUGUAGGGUGUCUGACCAUGCAAGGGAAAUGUCUAUAAUGAAAUAUAAUAUUCCAGUGCAAGCUGAUAUGAAUGCAGAACUUAAUAGGCUGUAACUCUGCUGCUGCUGCUGCUUCCCCUUAGGAACGUACCCACCAUGUAAUGAAUACUCCAUAUUAAACAACAGGUCAGAUCCUAGGAGCAGUCAAAGAAAAGUAAUUUAACGUAGGGUAAAAGUAAAAAAAACAUCCUCAGAGUGCAGCUCUAUCCCUAUAAUUAGAAGAAAAUAAUGUUGCAAAUGAAAGCUUGCAAUUACUCUUAAAUAAAGCAAAGGGCAAACACA